CAAAAUUCUCAGAUCUCACCAUCUCUCAGUCCUUCUCAACUUCAGCCCUCAAGCCAAAUAUCCCAAGCACUAAACACUCAAAAAAAAAAAAAGGAAAAAGAAAAGUUGGAGCACCUGAGCUGCAGAACUCAAAAUGAGGCUCUGUGUUUAAGCAAAGAAACCCCCCACAUUUUCCAGUUUCCCUCUUCCCACCACCACCACCACAACAACAACAAGAGCAAAAAUGUUCGGCACUCCGUCCUCCACCCCAGCAUUCGGCACUCCUUCCUCCACUCCAGCAUUCGGCACUCCGUCUUCAACUCCAGCUUUCGGCACUCCAACGACGCCGUCUUUCGCCGGCGGUUUCGGCUCUUCUCUCUUCUCCACACCAUUCUCCUCUCAACAACAGCAGCAGCAACAGCAACAGCAACAGACUUCGUUGUUUCAGCAACAGUCGCCAUCUACCGGUUUCGGCUUCCAAUCGACGCCGUUUUCUACGCCGCAGCCCACUCCUUUCCCCAAUGCGCAAUUGACUACUCAGAUGGCUCCUGUGUCUCCUCUCCCUUUCUCUCUCGCCGAUCGCGAUAUUCAAGCGAUUGUCGAUGCUUAUAAAGAAGAGCCUGGAAACCCUAAAUAUGCUUUCAAGCAUUUGUUGUUCAGCGUAACGGAUCCGCAGUUCAGGGUGAAGCCUGCUGGUGUAUCAGAUAUUAUGUGGGCGGAGGCAAUGGGAAAGCUGGAAGGUAUGGAAAGUGCUGACAGGGAGCGCCUAUGGCCCCAGCUCGUUCAGGGUUUUAAGGAUCUUUCACAACGUCUUAAGCUCCAAGAUGAUGUCAUUGUUUCAGAUGCUGAGAGAUUGCGAAUUACCCAAAGCAAUGUGAAGAUGCUUCAAAGACAUUUGCAAGCUGACACUCUUCCGUUGAUUGAAAGAAUGAGACAGAAAGAGCAAGGUCUUCAAAGGCGUCUUUUAAGGGUAAUGAGAAUGGUGGAGGCAUUGGAGGGUAAGGGUUUCCGAUUACCCUUAAUGAAAGGGGAAGUUGAAUUGGCUGAGAAGUUAGCUGCAAUAACUAGACAGCUGAAAGGAUCUGGAGCAGAACUUUCUAGAAGAGUACAAAACCUGCUGACUUUGUCCCGUGUUCAAGCAAAUGGCAUUGGUGCCGGAGGUUCUGUUUAUCUUCCAGGAUCAACCAAAAUACAUGAACAGAGUCUUGUUGAUAUGCAGGAGGUUGUACAACAGCAGACGGAGGCCAUUGCUAGGCUUGGCAAUGUUUUGAAGAGAGAUAUCAGGGACAUGGAGAUCAUUAUGGCCGAGGACACAGAAUUGACAGAUUGAACUAAUAAAGCUUAAACGCCGGACACUUUUGCAUUUGUUUCUGAUGAUAUUUUCAAUGUGUUAAAAAAGCCUUUGCGUUUGAGGUAGCAAAAAAAUCACUGGCGGCUGAUAUUACUCGAUACCUAUAGAAAAAUUUUAAGUAAAAUAGAAGAAUUCGUUUAAGCUAACCUUUAGAGCAUUAGAAACUCUCAUUUACUCAUAAUAAAAAAUCCCCGUUUUAUAGAGAACAGGUCAGGCCACGAGGCAAAAAUGACGAAUAUAGUUUUUUUUUUUCUUUUGGCCCAGUGAGCACACUCUAAUACAGUAUGAUGUAGACUAACAAUUGGGUUCCAUUAAUAUGCAUUCAUGAUAAUUACAGCCAGUGGAUGAAA